AGCGGACUUCCUUUUUUGCUCAUUUCCUCACAGACCUUGGAGUUUGUCCCUGUCCACAAGUUCAGUAUCAGGUCCCUCCAUCUACAAUGGAUGCAUCAGUAGUCUACGCUGACUUAAACCUAACCAAGACCCGAGAGCCUAAGCGUGCAUCACCUCUGUCUCUUCCUCCAGACACCUGUAGGUGCCCACGCUGGCAUCGGUUGGCUCUGAAACUUGGCUGUGCUGGGCUAAUCCUUCUUGUCCUGAGUGUGAUUGGACUCAGUGUCUUAGUGAUAUCAUUGUUACAAAAAUCAUCAGUAGAAAAAAGCGGUUUGGAUGUUCAAGAGAACAACCUGACGAAAACAACAGAGAGUCCAGCUAUGUUAAAGUGUCCAAAAGACUGGCUUACACACCGAGAUAAAUGCAUACAUUUUUCUCAAGAUACCAACGUUUGGAAGAAAGGUCUAGUUGACUGUGAUACAAAAGGAGGCACUUUGCUGCUCAUUCAAGACCAAGAAGAGCUGAGAUUCAUAAAGGACUCAGCAAAGGGAAAAGGUGAAUCAUUUUGGAUUGGACUAAAUUACACAUUGCCAGACGAGAACUGGAGGUGGAUAAACGGCUCUACUUUGAGUUCUGAUGUAUUACAAAUCACUGGUGAAGCUAAAAAAAACAGCUGUGCCUCCGUCUCAAAGGACAAAGUGACUUCUGAGAGCUGUGCUUCAGACAGCAAGUGGAUCUGCCAAAAGGAACCGAAAUGUGUCUCCGAAACCACGUGUAAUGACUCCUGACCGGAAUCUCAUCUCCAUUACUUCACCAUCCAUACCGGAUCUCUGCACUCUAUCUAGACUGCUGACUGUAGUAAUAUUUUAUUUGUGCUCUAAUAAAUAAAGCUUGCAUUGAGAUCUGA